UCAGAUCGUUUCACGGAGCAAAGAUGGAGCAGAGAUACCUCGUGCUCGACUCUCCAAACUUCUUGUCGCUGGGCAACACCGACGGGUACCUGACGGCCGCUUUAGAGGACAUUGUUGCCAAUUACCCACCCCGGAACAAGUACCCGCAUGAGGUCUUGCAGGGGUUAUGGAGCGGCCCAACCGGCGCGGCAUACCUUUUAUUGCAGGUCUCUUCGAUCAAACCAGACUUGAUCAUUCGCGGUCAGCCGGCAGAGAAAUGGGCUCGCGCGUACGUCAUGGCACCGGGCUCGCGUGGCCACAACCUCCGCCUUGGCUCUCACGGCUGCGGCAUCAGCGAUGAGAAGCUGGCAUACGAAGCUGUCCGCGCUACCGUGUCCAAGGACUUGAGCCAUGUACGUGACUUCGUCUCGUCUGUGUCGCAGAUCCUCAGCGUCGAAGAGUAUCCGGACGAAUUACUCUAUGGGCGAGCGGGAACGCUGUAUCUCCUGCGCAUGGUUCGCCAUUGGGUGCCGGGUAGUAAUCACCUCGUCGACCCAGCAAUCGCUGAGAUCUCCAACACAAUCAUGAACCGCGGUCCGCAUUGGAAGUGGCAUGGCCGGCGCUACCUGGGCGCUGUGCACGGGGAUAUCGGGAUUCUGACUCAGCUGGUCCUCACCUCGCCGUCGUUGGCACCUAGACUGCAGCCCAUUCUCGAGAGGCUGUUGACCAUUCAACUAUCCGACGGUAACUGGCCUAGUUCUGAAGAGAGCGGGGGGACCGGGAAAGGUCUUGUCCAGUUCUGCCACGGCGCGCCGGGUUUCGUGGUAUCGUUGUCGGCGAUGCGGCCUCACUUCCCUGGCUUGCAGGAUAAAAUCGACGACGGAAUUAGGAAGGGCAGAGAAUGCAUUUGGAACCAGGGCCUUCUGAAGAAAGAGCCCAACCUAUGCCAUGGGAUAUUCGGGAACGCUUUGGCGCUGGCUCAUGGACCACGACGUGAACACUUUCUCGCUGUGGCUACUCCGGAGAAUGUAGCUCGCAUGAAAAGCUCUGAUUCAACUGGGACAGUAUUCGCACGGGCUGAUUAUGGGCGCUCGUACUCGGCAUUGACCAGUUACGCGCCUGCUGCUGCUUGGACGUGGCUGGUUUAUCGGGAAGAAGAUCCUAAGAUCUUGGCGUACAACGACGUCUAGAGCGUCCGCGCUAGGUGUCAGACAUCGUUUCGGGGCGGGAAAGUUGAGUUUGGCAAGAUUAGCAGUAGCAAGCGCAAAAUUGCCUAUACAGCGACGUCGUGAGCCAGUUCCGGGUUGGACCUAACAGGAUCGUGAUCCCGCCAACCGUCAAGUACUCAGUAUUCAUCGGGGAUCUGGCAGAACUACCAGGUAGGCAGUCUAGAUCAAGUAAGC